AUGUCAAAGAUUUAUAAAUCAAAUUCUUUUAGUAAAAGUAUUGGUAAUUAUGAGAUUUUUGAGUUAUUGAAAUAUGAAACUUUCGAUAUUAGCAAUCUACAUACUCCCUCUCAUUUAUUUACAACUUAA